AUGACAACCUAUGGCACUGCCAACAAACACCGCAACACUAACAUUGUCCCAGACCUUUGGAAUGCAUCUGAUUCAUGGGAAUCCAAAGUUGGGAAUUUCAGACAGGGCAACAAGUUCAGUCCUGUUCAGUUUUUUAAGUUCUUGCUUGGCUGCAACAAGCCUCAUCAUGUCGUCAAGUUCAAAAACAUCGGUCCCCUCACUGCCUACCUACUCACCGCUGAUUACAUUCAAGCUAGCCUAGUUCAUAUGCCCAACAUUAAUGAGAUGGCAGAGAUUGCUCACAGUAUAAACCGUGGAGCUAUCUCUAUCUUACAAGCAUUGGUGCUUCUAUCCAGAGGCACCUAA